AUGUCUACCAAGUUCACCUCUCACCCCGCACCCCCAUUCUCUACCAAUAUGACCAUAGUCUCAAAUGAUCCCACCUUGGUGGCCGACCAUCAAUUCAUAUCGUAUUACAAGCUACUCUUUGCCUCCUUUGUUGUAGUGACAUAUGAUUGGGCACUUACAUUUGGACAAGAGAUCGAAUUGGUCUGGAGACAACGCUGGUCCCUAAUGACAGCUCUGUAUCUCAGUGUGCGCUACCUUGGAAUUUUAUAUGCCGCCCUGUACAUGCUGAGCAGUGUUACUACCAUCUCGCUGACAGAUACAGUGAGCCUUAUUAUAUAUGACGUACGAAUUGGACAGGGGUUUUGGUAUUUACAAUGUUGUUUGUCAUCAUGGUCACUCGGUUGUAUGCCAUGUAUCAACGGUCCAGAAGGAUCCUGAUAUUUCUCAUUGUCAUCUUACUGGCUGUCAACAUUUUCAGUGGAGUGGCCACCGUGAUGACAACGAUGUAUGCUUCUGGGGAGGAACUCAUUCUCUCCUGGCACUUAUCAGUGCUCGAUUGGCUAUGCGAAAAAUGACGUCUCACUUCUGGGUUCCAUUACUUGGAUCCUCGGCUUUGUGUGGGAGUUCCUCGCACUAUGUCUCGCACUGUGGAUUGCUGUCAAACACUUCCGU